CAAAUAUACAUGCCCAAGCUCGCAAGCUACCAAGCCUUUGGGAUUUAGUACUGCACGACUACCUAGCAACAAGUGGUCCAAGCAGAACUACAUUGUAUUCCAAACAAGAUAGCAAGCUGCAGUGUAUACGGAUCGGAAUGGUGCGCUUUGUAAGCUGAAACGCGACACGUCAGUUACAUACUCGGGAAACAUAUUGUAAAGAAGAGAGACCGUCGACCUCUCAAACUGCGAGCUUCCUUUCGGUGAUACAUGAUCAUCAAUGCAGGCCGCUGAACAGCAGCAAGGGUUGCCAAGGCGAAGAGACUACACAGAUGAAUUGCUCAAGGCCUUUCCUGGAUCGCAGGUUGUAAACCCCGAGGGCUCGGUUGUGGACAUUCCGUUCCAGCUGCCUAGCGGCCGGGUAACAGCACUACGGAUCAGCCUUCCAGCACAUUUCCCGCACGAACGUCCCGUGCUGUGUGUACUAGUGCCGCUACAGCACCGCGCGGUUGACCCGACCGGCCGCUUGCACGUGCGGGGAGUAGACCAGUGGGGCGCCCGGAGCUCCGACCACUUGCUCCCACAGCGAGGGGGCAUCCCUGCAGGCGUAACCCCCAGGGAUUUAGUCGGCGUGGUGCGGGAGGCCUUCGAGGUCCUGCUCGGAGAGGCCGCUGCCAAGCAGGGGCUCCUAGGAGAGUCGGCAGCGACCGGCAGCGGCGGCGUUGACAGCGCCGACGGAAGUGUAGGGAGGAAGGGCCGGGACGGGCACGUCAUUUCAUUGGCAGGGGGUAUGGGUGGCGGACAGGUGGUGUACGGCGGUGGAAGCAGCGGGCCGACUGACCCGGCGGCGUUACUGGAGGGGAUGCCGGCGGCAAAGUUACUGCAGCUUCUGGAGGAUGAGGAGGAGCUGAAGAAGGUAGCUGGCUCCUGGCUCAAGGACACGCCGGCGGCACGAGCACUCGAGGACGUUCGGCGGCAGAAUUGCACCGCUGCCGAGGAUAAUCUGGCCCUGGCUCGCUCCAUUGAGGAGGCGAGAGGACAUGUGGCCAUCGUGCGGUCGGGCGAGUACGCGGCCAUGCGUGCACUCUUUGAAGGGCUCUACAGCAGGCAGGAAGCGGUGGUGGCCAAGAUGGGCACGGCCAAGCUCCUGGCUCGGCUGCGGGAAGAGGCAGACAAGUCCGAUGCGGCUGCCGACGAGCUGCUGGAACGCUUCCAAGAAGGCAGCUUGCCCAUAGAGGCAUUUGUAGAGCAGUACGUGGCGGCACGGGAGGCCUUUCACAUCACCGACCUCAAGCGCCAGGCAGCGGAGCAUAGCAUGCUACAUUGAGGUUCGAUUGGGCUGGCGUAAACGUGCUGCAGCAGGUCUAUGUGGGGCCCGGUCUUCCUCUUGCUGUCUGGGACCGGAACGGACCAGCGAUUGCCUAUGACGGACACUGGAACAGUCGGGAAGGCAGGCCCGCUUGUUGGCGGAGGCCGGUGGGCUGCUGUGUGGAGUACGUAUGGACUUGUCCCGCUGCGGCGGCGCACUGUGUGCUGGGGCCGCAAUCUGAGGAACGUCUUUAUCCAGGCCCUGUUGUGGGAAUGCAAGCGGCGAUCUGCGGGAGUGGAGCUUGACGGUGUAGGAGUUGUAGGAGUAUGUCGGGCCUCCAGCUGCGGUGAUGUGGGCCUGGAGGCGUCACUUCUGUAUUGGGCGGGUACUGCAGCGGUGCCACGCGUUGUGCGGAUGCUGGCCAGGGCACCUUAGCAUUUGCAACGCUUGCAUUGCAGAAAGGUUUGGCCUGAAGACGCAGUAGUUCGCAACAAUCAGUCACCUGUGCAAAAUGGGGUGUAGCGCCUGCACCCAUUUGCUGUGUUUUUGCAGUCGCAACGCGAUCAUUCCCAGCAGAUAUUCCUUGCAUUUGCUACUCAAAAAACAUGUACAUCAUCACCGUUGCAGGAUGAGCAAGAUGUUGCAUUUGGCGACAGCUGUGCCUCAAGUUGGUAGAGUUGGACAGGGUCCAUGAGUCGUUUGGGCUCCAUCACAGUUGCAAACUCGUCCUUGUCU